AUGUCAUCAUCAAACUAUCCCAAUAGUAAUCAUAAUGGCCAUGACGCAAAUCCUCCUCCUCCUCCUAAUCUGAAUGAUUACCGUCCCGCUGCAUCAUUGAACAUACCAGAACAUUUGAUACCCAAAGGAUUCUAUGAUCAACGGUUUCAACAACAACAACCUCCUCCACCACCACAACAGCAGCAACAACAACAGCAUCAACCAUCUCAUAACAAUCAACAUCAACAACAACAACAACAACAACACUCUCAACUACAGCAACAAGCACCUCAACAGGCACCUACUCCUCCUCAACACCACAACCACCACCACCAUCAUCAACAACAACCUUAUCCUCAACAACCUUAUCCAAAUCAAUCAAAUCAACAGAUCCCUCCCCAAUUAAAACAGCCACACCAACAAAUGCCUCCCGUAAAUAAUUAUCAAAGAAAAGCUCCUCCUGCAUUACAAUUGAAUCAAAUCCCUCCUAAUAAUAUUCCUCCUCAGAAGCAGCAAUCUCCUCAAUCAUAUCAUUAUCCAUCAUUAGCUCCUCCCCCUGUUCAACAACAACAGCCUCUACCACCACCACAACAACAACAACAACAACAACAUCGUUCUCAUCCUUAUCGUGAGAAAGCCUCAGCUUCACCAACUACUCAACAAGCAUAUCCUCCAUAUCCUGUUGAUUCACCAAAACUUCAAUCUCAACCCGUUCUGGUCAAUAAUAGUAUCAAUUCAACUAAUAGUGGUCCUCAUAGAUUUCAUAAUACAAAUUAUUCAAUCCCUGAAAGUCCAGAUUCAGAACCAAUGCAAGUGAAUUCUACUGUAGGUUCAGUUUCAAGUACUCAUUAUCCAUUCCCUCAUGGUAAUAGAAUUGCAUCUCAAGAAAGUGUAAAUAGAAAUUUCCAUAUUCAACAUAAUAACACCAGUAAUGAUUCUCAUAAUCAACCUCCUUAUCCAAUUUCUUAUAAUAAUCCUCAAGUUGUUCCUCCCGUUCCAUUCCUGUCGGUUCAAUCUUCAUCUCAACAACCAUUAAUUCAUAGACCUAUUCGUCAUCAAAAUCUGGGAAAUCAAGCACCAAUCACUCCAACUAAUGCUAAUCAACCAUCUUCAUUACAACAACAACUGACUCCAGUUAAUGCUUCAAGAAGAAUCGCAUCUUCUCCAAAUAUUCCUCAAUAUACGGUAUCAAAUGAAGCAAGAACUAGAUCUUUAAAUUCAUCAUCCAUGACUUAUAAUAAUCAAUCUAGAAUGCAACAACUGCAACUGUUACAAUUUCAACCUACCAAUCAAAGAGUUAAUAGUAAUUCCUCAACGGCAUUAACUACAAGUCCUUUACAACAUUCUGGAACUCCAAAAUCAAAAUCAACUACUUCUAUUAGUAGAUUAGCAUCAUCUGGGUCAAGAAGACAUAAUUCAUCAUCAUCAUUAGUAAGUUCUGGUGCGAAAUUGGAUAGAACUACUUCGAAUAGUUCCCAGUUUAAAUCUAUGACUGGAAAUGGUAAAUCGAUUCCAUUAUCACAACCAUCAGUUUAUCCUGCUAUUUUAUCAAAAGUUGCUAAAGCAUUUAAAGAUAAUAUUACAUUAUCAAUUAAUAGUAAAAAUGGUUUGGUUUGUCAUGAUUCAUUUACAGGUAAAAGUGCAGUUGAUAUAAUUUGUCGUGUUAUUAGAACUGGUGAUAGAAAUUUAGCAUUAUUAUUAGGUAGAUCCUUAGAUGCUCAACAAUUCUUUCAUGAUGUAACGUAUGUGCAUAGAUUAAGAGAUUCAAUUCAUGAAGUUUAUGUAUUUAAUCCAACUUUUAGUUAUAUUGAUCUUUAUGCUGAUGAAACUCCUAUUCCAGAAGGAGUUGAAGAAUCAAAUGAUGUUUCCUUACAUGAUUAUAAGUAUGAACAAUCAUCACCAGUUCAACCUCCAGUACCACAAUUACCUCACUUACAACAUUCAUUAUUGGAUAAUGGAGAUUCUAGUACAUCGUUAAGUAAUAUGAGUGCGACUAAUGGAGGUGGUCAAGAAUUAACUGAAUCUCAAGAAACUGGGGUUAAUGGUGUUUUCACAAUUUUGACUGAUUGUUAUUCUCCAACUUGUACAAAAUAUAGAUUAUGUUAUAGUAUUGCUUGUCCAAGAAGAUUAGAACAACAAAGACGUCUUAAUUUGAAACCUCAAGGUGGAUUAAAGAGAGCUGAAUCAAGAUUAUCCUUACAUGAACCUGAUGAAAAUAAACAAACAUGGCAUGAUACUGUUCCUGAAUCGGUAUUGGCUAAAUUAGAUUCUGAUGAAAAGACAAGACAAGAAGUUAUAUUUGAAUUUAUAUAUACUGAACGUGAUUAUGUGAAGGAUUUAGAAUUUGUUACUGAUUUUUAUAUUGUUCCAUUAAGAGCACCUACUAGAAAUAUUAUUCCUGCUCAUUAUAGGGAGAACUUUAUCUUAUUAGUGUUUGGAGGUAUUGGUGAAUUAUUAAAAGUUGCUAAAACAUUUAGUGAAGCAUUAACUAGAAGACAACAACAACAAAAACCGGUGGUUGAAGUUAUUUGUGAUAUCUUUUUAGAAAAUGUGAGUAGAUUUGAUCCAUUUAUUGCUUAUGCUGGUAAUCACGUUUUUGCUACUCAUGAACAUGAAAGACAACAAAGAGUUAAUGAAAGAUAUUCUAAGUUUAUUGAGGAGACUAAAAGUAGACCUGAAUCUAGAAAACAAGAUUUAACUUCAUUCUUAAUUAAAGCUGUUCAAAGACCAGCUAGAUAUAUUUUAUUCUUGGAAAAAUUACAAAAAUAUACUAAGGAGGAUUCCCCAGAUUAUAAAUAUAUCAUUAAAGUUAUUGAUCCAUUAAAGAAAUUAUUAGAAAGAAUCAAUAUUCAAACUGGUAUUUGUACUGAUCGUCAAAAAGUUUUAGAAUUACAUAAAUCAUUAGGUGAAAAGAUGUUAAAGGAAAGAUAUAAUUUCAAAUUAUCAUUUACUAAUAGAAUUAUUCAUCAAGCUAGUUUAACUAGAAAGAGAGAUAAUGAAAAGAUUGAACUUUAUUUAUUUGAACAUGCUCUUUUAUUAGUGAAAUCCAAAAUUCAAAAUAAGAGAACCAUUAAGAAAGUUUAUGAAAAACCAAUUUAUUUACCAUUAUUAUUCAUAAAUAGUGGAUUUGAUAUCCCUAAUCAAAGAUUGAUUAUGAAUCAUAGGUAUAACAGUUCAAUAGUGACUGAUAGUGGAAUGAAAGCUAAAUUUGAUAGAGCUGAUGCUCUUAAUACUAAUAAUGCCAAAUUACAAUUGAAUUUCCUUGGUAUGGGAACCAAUGCUGCUCAUUUCAGUUUAUUUGCAUCUGAUAUUGCGGUUCAAAAUCAAAUUUUACAUCAAGUUUCAAGUCAACAAAAGAAAUUGAUUGAUAAACAUGAUUUAUUUUCAAUUUGUAAAUUUGAAACUAGAAGAUUUCAUGGUAAUAAUAAAAUCAAUUGUGCUGUACCUUGUUAUGGGGGUAAGAAAUUACUUUAUGGUACUGAUACUGGGGUUUGGGUAUCAACCGUUAGAUCUAUCAGUGCCACUUCUAAUGAAAAGAUUUGUUCUGAUCCAACUUUGGUUAUUAGUAAAGUUAAUGUUACUCAAAUUGAAGUUGUGGUUGAAUAUUCUAAAUUAUUUAUUUUGAGUGAUAAAGCAUUAUUUGAAUUUGAUUUAUCAUGCACUGAUUCAUUAGAUCAUGUUAAGAAUACAAAAUCAGGACGUCAAGUUUUAGAUCACGUUUCAUUCUUUAAGACUGGUAUUCAUAAUUUUAAGAUUUUAGUGGCAGCUGCAAAAACCGGAAGUACUCAUUCAAUUAGUGUAUUUGAAGUUACAAGUAAUAAACAAAAUAAAGGUAAGAGACACGAAAAUCCUGAUAUUAAAGAGAUCUCUUUCAAUUCAGAUCCAAUUUCAAUUUCAUUUUUAAAGACUCAAUUAUGUAUUGGAUGUACCAAAGGAUUUGAAAUCAUUUCAUUAGAACAUAAUAAAAAGGAACCAAUUUUAGAUGAAGCUGAUCCAUCAUUAGAUUUUGCUACUCAAAAGGAAUCAGUUACUCCAUUGGCUAUUCAUAGAUUAGGAAAAGAAUUCUUAUUAUGUUAUACUGAAUUUGUAUUUUUAAUUAAUAAGAAUGGAUGGAGAUCAUAUCAUGAAUGGGGAUUCAAAUGGGAAGGUAUACCUCAGAAUGUGGCAUUAUUUUUCCCAUAUUUAUUAUCAUUUGAACCAAAUUUCAUUGAAAUUCGUGAUUUACAUUCUACAAGUUUAUUAAGAGCUUUAGUAGGAGAGAAUAUUCGAUUUUUACAUUCGAAUGAGCAUGAAGCAUUAUAUGCUUGUGAAGAGAAUGGAUAUGAUAUUAUUGUAUCUAUUGAUUUCUUGAAUUUAAAGCAAAAACCAAUUAAUUCAAGUGGCGUUGCUACUAAUAAUAGUAAUAAUGCUAAUCGAUUAUCCUCGGCACAAGUAUCAGAAAGAAGUGGAUCAACUAGUAAUUCUGUGAAUACUCUAGUUGGUACUAUGACACCAUCUAAUAAUAAUUUACCUAUAAGAAACCUGAUUACAUCACCACCAACUGUUCAAUAUUAG